AUGAAGGACAAUAUUUUAGUUAACUCUCAUAAGGCGGAACAUCUCUUGAAGGUAUUCAAGAAGUUCCAAAAUGGUGGAGACAUUGCGUUGGAAUUAUUUCAAGAUGUAGAACAUGUUCAGCUUGUGUCCGAUUCAUUGUGUUUCACCAAGGGAAGAACUAUUUCUGAGAAUUUAGAUACUAUUUCAGCAGCAGCAUUAAAUCUGAAAGAUACCCUUGCAGCCCUUUUGGCCUAUAGAAACAUUAACCUAGAGAUUAUAUCUAGAUGGAUUACCCAGUUGGAUCGUGGGGUUGGAUCCAUCAAUACAGUGAUGUGCGCACUAGCAAGAGCGUACGGCCCAAUUCCAGAAUCCUCUAGUUUAGUGGAAUACUUCCUUUCUCAAAACGAGAAUCACCUUACUCAGCAAUUGGAAAAUAUUACCACUGAAAAUACCAACCACACCUGCAUUUUAAACUCCCAAAAUCUUUUAUUAGCAUUCUUUAGACUCUUGUCUAUUGACCGUCACAGAUUCAACCGUUAUGUCAACCCUGACGUAUUAUACAAAAUUCUUGAACAAUCCAGUAAUGCAAUCGUAAAGUACCUUUCCAUAGAGAUCCUUUGUAUGUUCUUGGAUGCGUCUGAAUCCAGUCGUCAGCAGAUGUUCAGUAUCCAUAUCAAGACAAGUGAAGACGAAGAAGACGACAUUUUGGAGGGGAACUAUGACGAAAGUUCAAUCAUUAACUAUAAAUUUCUUGCAUUAAUUGAAGCAAAAAGAUUAUCAAAUUUUGCCAAAUUAGAUUCAAUUGCUGCCAACUUCCCAUUUAAAUCCAAUUUCAACUUUGUAAUCGAACCGUCAGACUUGAGUCCUUUGGUGGUUUCCAUUUGUCGUAUAUUAGUUCCAAGGUUAUUAGACAAUUCUAAUAUUAAAGAGAAUAACGAGAAUGAUAAUAUUAAUAGCACCAACAAUAGCAACCAAUCGCCUGAUUUUGUUCCUACCGACAAUGCGGUUGGUGUGCUUGGCCAACUUGCAUCAAAUAUACAAAAGAACCAACCAACUAUGCUUUAUGGUAAAGCAGGUGCAGGAAAGACUUUCCUAAUCAAUGAAUUGGCUAAAAGAAUGUCUUAUGAACGUUCUAUAGUGAAAAUCCAUUUAGGUGAACAGACAGAUGCAAAGUUAUUGUUAGGAACUUAUGCUUCUGGUGAAAAACCUGGUACCUUUCAAUGGAGGUCUGGUGUGUUGACGACAGCUGUUCAACAAGGUCGUUGGGUUAUUAUUGAAGAUAUUGAUCAGGCUCCUACAGAAGUUUUAUCUGUAUUAUUAACUUUGUUGGAAAAAAGAGAAUUGACUAUUCCCUCAAGAGGAGAAGUGAUCAAAGCAAAGAAUGGAUUUCAAUUGAUAUCAACUAUAAGAUCCGACGAAAAUCGUUUACCUGAUUUGAUUGGACUUCGUUUGUGGUCUUUAGUCAAUGUCUCAAGUCCCUCAGAAUUGGAUUUGAAGAACAUUUUACUCAGUAGAUUCCCAAUCCUUGGUAGACUUUUACCAAAAAUCAUUGGAUGCUUCAACGAAGUGGUCAAGAUUUACAAUACAUCUGCAUUUAUAACUUUGAAUAAAGGUUCUCACCCAAGAGUCAUUUCAUUCAGAGACUUGAUGAAAUUGUGUUCUAGAUGCAACUCCAUGCUUGAAAAUGAAGGUAUAACAUCUACAGAUGGUUUAUUAUCCCAGCAUAUAUAUGAUCAAUUAUUCGCUGAAACCGUGGAUUGCUUUGGUUCUGCGAUAACAGAGCACUCUGCAUUGGCGCCCUUAGUAAAUGCCAUUGGUGAAAAAUUAGAAAUCCCUUCUUCAAGAAUCAAUUUAUACAUGACAAAGCAUGUACCUCAAUUUAUUAACAACGACUCUUUACUUAAAGUAGGAAGAGCCACUUUGAGAAAAUCCUCAAGUGAUAAAAUAUUAUUGGGAAAGUCAUCCUCAUCAUCCACUUUUGCUCGUACAAAUCAUUCACUUAGGUUGAUGGAACAAAUAGGAGUUUCAAUCCACAUGGUUGAGCCUGUACUCUUAGUUGGUGAGACCGGUACUGGUAAAACAACAGUAGUGCAACAAGUUGCAAAAAUGAUGAACAAAAAGUUGACUGUUAUUAAUGUAUCGCAACAAACCGAAUCUGGAGAUUUAUUAGGUGGGUAUAAACCUGUGAAUACGAAGACCAUUGCUGUUCCUUUGCAAGAGAUUUUUGAGAACUUGUUCAUCGCAAGCUUUUCAAAGAAAAAGAAUGAAAAGUUUUCACAAAUUUUAAGCAAAUGCUUCAAUAAGAGUCAAUGGAAAAAUGUAAUAAAGCUUUGGUUGGAGGCAAUUAGAAUGGCAAAGGGAGUUUUGACAGUUGAUGAAGGAGAUAAAGAGAAAACUGAAAACAAGCAAGAACAAUCUCAGAAAAAGCGUAAGUUACAACCUUUUGAGAAAACAGUUUUACUUGAAAAGUGGGUAGAAUUUGAAAACAGAGUGAAAGAUUUUGAGAUUCAAUCUACAACGUUGGAUUCUUCGUCUUUUGUUUUCAGUUUUGUUGAAGGUUCCCUUGUGAAAGCAGUGCGUAAUGGUGAAUGGCUCUUACUUGACGAAAUCAAUUUAGCAUCUUCAGAUACUUUGGAGAGUAUUGCUGACUUACUCGCCGAAUCUAUUGGCCAGAGAUCUGUACUUUUGACGGAACGUGGAGAUGUUGAGUCAAUAGUAGCACAUCCUGAUUUUAGAAUUUUUGGUUGUAUGAAUCCUUCCACUGACGUAGGAAAGAGGGACUUACCAUUAAGUAUCAGGUCAAGAUUCAGUGAAGUUUACGUACACUCUCCUGAUAAAGAUAUUCAAGAUUUGUUAUCAAUUAUUGAUCAAUACAUAGGGAGGUUCACCGUUGCUGAUGAAUGGGUAGGUAAUGACAUUGCAGAAUUAUACUUGUCAGCAAAGAAGCUAUCCGAAGAAAAUAAAAUCGUUGAUGGAGCAAAUCAGAGACCUCAUUUUAGUAUCAGAACUUUGACAAGAACCUUGAUUUAUGUCUGCGAUAUUGUAGGCAUAUAUGGAUUAAGAAGAUCCCUAUAUGAAGCAUUCUGCAUGUCAUACUUAACUUUACUAGAUGCCAAAUCUGAAGCCAUUUUGCACGAACAAAUUUUUAAGUACAUGCUUGGAAGAUUGAAGAAUGUCAAAUCAGUUCUAAAUCAAUCUCCACCUUCGCCUGGUCCAAGCUUCGUCCAAUUUAAACACUACUGGAUGAAGAGAGGGCCUGGAGAAAUAAUUCCACAACCUCAUUAUAUUAUAACUCCAUUCGUCGAGAAAAAUAUGCUUAACUUAGUGCGUGCUACCGCUGGUCGUAGAUUUCCUGUGCUAGUCCAAGGUCCUACUUCGGCUGGUAAGACUUCAAUGAUCCAAUACUUGGCUAAUAUAACUGGCCACAAGUUUGUGAGAAUAAAUAACCACGAGCACACAGACUUGCAAGAAUAUUUAGGUACGUACAUGUCUGAUUCAAGUGGAAAACUAGUCUUCAAAGAGGGUAUACUCGUAGAAGCAUUGAGACAGGGCCAUUGGAUCGUUCUAGAUGAAUUAAAUCUUGCCCCUACGGAUGUUCUAGAAGCAUUGAAUCGAUUACUAGAUGACAAUAGAGAGCUUUUUAUCCCUGAGACCCAAGAAAUUAUAAGGCCACAUCCUGAUUUUAUGUUAUUCGCGACCCAGAACCCUCCAGGCUUAUAUGGUGGACGUAAAAUGCUAUCAAGGGCUUUUCGUAAUAGAUUCUUGGAGUUGCAUUUCGAUGAUAUUCCACAAGAUGAACUAGAAAUUAUUUUGAGAGAAAGAUGCCAAAUUGCGCCAUCAUACGGUAAAAAAAUCGUUGAAGUUUAUAGACAAUUAUCGAUCCAACGUCAAUCGACGAGACUUUUUGAACAAAAGAACUCAUUUGCUACCUUAAGAGAUUUAUUUAGGUGGGCAAUGAGAGAAGCUGUUGGAUACGAAGAAUUGGCUGCAAAUGGUUUCAUGCUAUUAGCCGAAAGAGUUCGUAAAUUUGAAGAGAAAGAAGUUGUCAAAAGGACUAUUGAGAAAGUAAUGAAAGUGAAGCUAGAUAUGGAUAGCUUCUACGAGAAACUUGAAAUUGAAGCUGCAUUGCCUGAAAUAAUAGAAAAGAACAAGAACGAUGCAAAUUCUAUAGUUUGGACAAAGGCAAUGAGAAGAUUAGCAGUUUUAGUUUUCACUUCUAUGAAAUACAAAGAACCUUUGUUAUUAGUUGGUGAAACAGGAUGUGGUAAGACUACUGUUUGCCAAAUAAUUGCCGAGUUUCUUGGUAGAAACCUUGUAACAGUGAAUGCUCAUCAAAACACUGAGACUGGGGAUAUUUUGGGUGCACAAAGACCAGUCCGUCAUAGAUUUGAAACUCAAAGCUUGUUAUGGAAUAACUUGAUGUCAUUAAUGAAAAAAAUGGAAGUGGAAGUCAGCUUGGAAGACUCAAAAUUAGAUGACUUGUUAAAGAUUUACGACUCUUUGAAAGGUAGAAUCCAAGAAGAACAGAAGGAGAACGCAACACUUUUUGACCAAUUAAUUUACGAUAUUGAAGAAGGAAGAAGAAACUCUUCUAUUUUAUUUGACUGGAAUGAUGGACCUUUGGUCAAAGCAAUGAAAAAUGGUGAUUUUUUCCUUCUUGAUGAAAUUUCUUUAGCUGAUGAUUCUGUUUUAGAGCGCUUGAAUUCUGUCUUAGAACCAGAAAGAUCUUUAUUACUUGCUGAAAAAGGAAACGAGGAUUCUUUUGUUACUGCUUCAGAAAGUUUUGAAUUUUUGGCCACGAUGAAUCCUGGAGGAGAUUAUGGUAAGAAAGAACUUUCGCCAGCAUUGAGAAACAGAUUUACUGAAAUUUGGGUCCCAUCAAUGGAAAACUUCGAUGAUGUCGAGCAAAUUGUUUCAUCUAAAUUGAACGUAAAGGUAUCAAGCCAAUUGACCUUAGCCUUGGUUGAAUUUUCUAAAUGGUAUGGCCAAAGGUAUGGAUCAGGCAACGCAUCAAGUGGGGUGAUUUCGUUGAGAGACAUUUUGUCUUGGGUUCAAUUCAUCAAUUCAGUAGUCGAGAAGAAUCCAGAAAUUGACUCACACUUCGCAUUAUUACAUGGAGCUGCCAUGGUAUUCAUUGAUGCUCUUGGUACGAACAAUACUGCAUACCUAGCAGAGAAUGAGCAACGUCUUUUAGAUGAAAAGUUGGAGUCAGUUAGUAAAUUAUCUGAACUUGCUGGUAGAGACGUGAACCUUUUCUAUGUUGCUGAUUUUAAAAUUGAUAUAAGAGAUGAUAUACUUUCUUCAGGCGAAUUCAGCAUUCCAAGAAAGGUAAGAAAAAAUUCCACUGGAGAACUCCAGUUCAACUUGGAAGCGCCUACUACUGCACUAAAUGCAAUGAGGGUCGUUAGAGCAAUGCAAGUGAGGAAGCCGAUUUUAUUAGAAGGAAGUCCUGGUGUUGGAAAAACAAGUUUAGUAUCAGCAAUUGCGAAAGCGACAGGCAAUAACCUUGUUAGAAUAAAUUUGUCGGAGCAGACAGACUUAGUUGACCUUUUCGGAAGCGAUGCCCCUGCAGAAGGUGGGAAAACUGGUGAGUUUGUUUGGAGAGAUGCUCCUUUCCUUAGAGCAAUGCAAAGAGGUGAAUGGGUAUUAUUAGACGAGAUGAAUUUGGCAUCACAGUCUGUUCUUGAAGGUUUAAAUGCAUGUUUAGAUCAUAGAGGGAGUGCCUACAUUCCAGAAUUGGAUAAAACAUUCGAAAGACACCCAGAUUUUGUUGUAUUCGCUGCUCAAAACCCACAAUAUCAAGGUGGUGGAAGAAAAGGUUUACCUAAAUCUUUUGUCAAUCGUUUCUCUGUUGUUUACGUGGAUAUGUUGAAAGAACAGGAUUUAAAUAUGAUUUCUCAACAUUUGUUUCCCUCUGUCGACAAGGCUUUGAGUGCCAAAAUGAUUAAGUACAUUUCUCGUAUUGAACAUGAGGUAUCGGUUAAAAAGUCAUUUGGUCAUAACGGAGGCCCCUGGGAAUUCAAUUUACGUGAUACAUUGAGAUGGUUGGAUUUAUUCAGCACUAAUGGUUUAGCCACAAACUUAUCGCCUGCCAGUUUUUUUAAUAUGAUUGUAUGCCAACGUUUCAGAUCAGGGGAUGAUCGUAAGAAGGCUCAGGAUUUAUACUUAGAAGUAUUUGGAGAAGAUAGCCUUGAAUAUCGUGAUAAUUAUUACUCCAUUGGAGAAUCAUAUAUUCAGGCCGGAGGGGCAAUUAUCUCAAGGAACGAACCAAUUCAGCAUACAAUUGCAAGUCACAAUGAGAAUAAUGCAUCCAGAAAAACAUUGCAGUGUAACUUUUCAUUAUUAGAAACAGCAAUUAGAUGUAUUAAUUUGAAAUUACCGCUUAUUCUUACGGGACCCACAAAUUCAGGCAAGACUGAACUUAUUCGUUAUCUCGCUGAGGUAGUGGGUGCGAAGGUUGAUGAAUUUGCAAUGAACAGUGAUGUGGAUAGUAUGGAUAUUUUGGGUGGAUAUGAGCAAGUAGAUGUAAGAAGAGGAAUUACUAAGGUUGCACUGGAUGUGAAGUCCAUUUUAGUUGAGCUAGUUCUCCUUAACCUUAAGAUUGAAAGCACUGACCCUAUGGUAUUAAGACUGACUUUGAAAUUUAUUAAGUUCAUCGAGAGAGGGGUUGCCCAAAAUACUCAUGAUUUUGCUAAGCUUCUUCAUAUUCAGUUAGAAAAAUUCUUGAGCAUAUAUAAAAAUCAAGAUUUAGAAAAUUUAUUUGAAGAGUCGAAAACUCUCCAAAAGAAAUUAAAAGAUCUGAAAAAUGAUGGCGUCACUUUCGAAUGGUUUGAUGGUCUCUUAGUUCAAGCAGUCGAAAAGGGACAUUGGCUCAUAUUAGACAAUGCCAAUUUGUGUAGCCCAUCCGUACUUGAUCGUUUGAAUUCACUUUUAGAAGUUAAUGGGACCUUGAUUAUCAACGAGUGUAGCGAGGCGGAUGGUCGACCAAGGACUGUUCAGCCACACCCUAGUUUCCGUCUCUUCUUGACCGUUGACCCCAAAUACGGUGAAUUAUCAAGAGCAAUGAGAAACAGAGGUAUUGAAGUUUACCUUCAGCCACUUGAAGAUAGAAUGACGACUUUUGAUAUGAGACAGCUUCCAAACAUUCAGCAGGAGAACAACAUCUCAGAAUUGGGACUUCCAGUUUCUGGAUACUUAUCUGCCCAGCGUUCAAUUGAGCGUACAUCUGCUUUGAUUGAUGAUUUUAUUGAUUUGUCAACCUUAAACUGUGAAGAUUUAGUCAAUACUUUAGUAGGAACAAUUCCAGUGAAUGACUUUGAAUUGCUUAAGCUGUGGCUGAGAAUGGCACUAAGAUCUGCAGAAUUUUCAAAUACUAGUAAAAACCUUGUUGAACUCUUAGUUAAUAAGUUUGGUGAAACCCUCCUUAAUAGCAGUACUAAAAGCAAACUUCUAGAAGUUUACGAACCAGCAAAGUUGGAUAUGGCAGAUGGAAUUAUACGUUCCAAGGAUGCUUAUAUCAUUAAUCAACGUAUUCAAACGCUUUUCAACACUUAUCUUACUAGCUUACCUUCGUCUAUUACGGGUAAUGCUGAGCCUGCAUUUUUCCUUGAGGCAAUCGGUGGUCUAAGCGAUAUCUCAAAUCUUGUUACUAAAUUAGAAGAGAAUGCGUUAGGUAAAAGGCUCGGAGAUUUGACUUACAUUGAGAGGUCUGCAGCAUUCCAGCUUGGACGUAACAUUAAAAAAGUACCACGUUUAAAUAUCUACAACUUUAUUGUCCAAGUCAGAGAUUACAUUGCCAAUAUAUUGAAGGAAAGACUCACAAGAGUCAACUUUCCAAUAUUCCAGGAUAAUGAUAAAAGUUCAUAUUACGAAAGCAUAGUAAAACUUCAACUCACAUUGAAAUGUCUCUUCGAAUCAAGUAGCCAACAAGACGAAUCGAAGCUUCGUGUUUACCAAGAUUUAGUAAGACAGUGGUGCGAAGAGUCAGUUCAUGUUGACAAUCGAGUAAUUCUUCAAAAAAUUGUUGAUUCUUUUGGAAAUGAAUUAUCACUUUCAUCAGGAUUUUCUAUGGCAGUUCUUUGGGAAAACUUACGUCGUAGUUAUCCUUCUACUUCAAUUGCUUGGAAACAAACCGGUGAGCUUUUCAGGGUUGCCACAUUAUUCGACGAAGUUUCAAGUGAGCAAUUCAAAGAUGCAAAUGAAGCUGUAGCUGCCUUGAAGAAUGUAAUUGUUAGCAUUUACUCAGAUCUCCUGGGAAAUGACAGUGUGAAAUCAACGAUAAAUCCAGAAACAUUCCGAAAGUUUUGCGCGGACCUUGAAGAUGGUAUUUAUAAAUUGAAAGAUGUUUCAAAUGAGUUUAUUAUAAAGAGAAAUAAUAUUUUCCAAAAUGAAUUUAGAUUGCUUGCAAAUAUAGUACAAUCUCUGGAUAUUAAUGAUGAGAAAUACACAUCGGUUCUUCAAAAUUUGAAGCAACUAGGUGGCCAUUCGACUGUUACUGACUGUCUUACGCAUCGUGAUACUACUUUGUUUUCUCCAUACCCAAGGAUAUUUAAUAACUUAUGGUCGAUUAGUAAUGGCAGUUACUCUUCUCAUGUUCAUGGUGUAUUUUCCAAUGAAAUAUUGACAAGUACUAUAUUAAAAAGUCAGAAAUUAAGCAGUGGCCCUGGUAAGUAUUUGGAACAAAACCUUGAUGAUUUAACCACUAUUGCCGGUGAGAUCAUCAAGUCCUCUCAGCCAAUUUUGGACGAUAGAGUUAACUUAUUCAGCCAGUUGCUCAGUAAGUGGGUAUUUGAAAUUGUUAACAUCCACCUUAAUGAACCAGUCAUACUUUGUGAAGAAGGAUUCUUCAAUAUUGAGACUUUAAGAUUUGUAAUCGGACAUAUUAGAUCAACUGUUUCUGAUGAUAAGUUUUUAUCAAUCUUGGACAAGUUCUUCUUCCCUGCAUUAUUUUUAAUUGCUAAUGCGACUGAGACCAAUAUUGGAUUACUUGGGAGAGCUUGGGUCUUAUUUUCAUGUGGUGCUGUACAAUUGUAUGUACCAACAACCUCGUAUGAUCCAGCCAUUACCGAUUAUAUCGUUUAUGAACGUUUUAAACGUCACCAGGAUGAGUCCUCUAAACUCAUUGACUCUUGGAAAAUUAUUAGAUCAGUUAUAUCUGGUGAUGAGCACAUUCAAGCAGAGAAAUAUUUGAAUUCUGCGACAUCCAAGUCAAUUGCGUCAAUGAAGACCGAAAAACCUAGAGUUUACCGUCCAGAAACAUCAAUUGAUAAUCUCUUUGACGAAUGGUCUGCAUUUUUAACUUCAACUAUAGACAUAAGUCCUGUAGAGCAAUUACUUGAAGCUGCUGAGAACAUGGAGCAUCUUGAGAAAGGAGAAAGAUUGAUCAAUAUGUUUCAAAACAACUCUUCUCAAUUUUUGCUCCGUUUGGAACAAAGCUACUUUGUAUAUUCAGAUUUGAAUGAUAUUUUGAAGGGAUUUGUUUACGGUAUGAAGCUCGGUUUUGAUUUAAUUUCGAAUGCGAAUUCGAGACAAAAUUCAAAAUAUGCUGAAGUAUCGAGGACUUGGUCAGUUGAUGUUGUAAACGUCACCAGUAGUUUUAAACUUGUUGAUAAUUUUAAAGCUAUCAAAGAAUUUUCGAAAUCGUUCGGCAUAGAUUCAACUAUUCCAGAAAAGGUUAUGAUGUUCUUCAUCAGACUUUGCUUUGCCCAUAUGAGAAGUGAAUCCAAGGAAGAGGCGUCUGACAUACAGUCAGUGUUGCAGCAAUCCUUGCAAACUCUCUAUUAUAGAUGGUCAUUACGUAGAAUGAAGAAAGAAGAAGAUGAGUCAGCACAAGGGAAUCUUUACAAGUACUCAGAUCCAACGGGAGAUUUGGAAGGUGAUUUUAGAGAGCUUUUCCCAGAUUUUGAAGAAGUAUUAGAUUCUGAUGCUACCUCUAAUGUAGAUUCAAUUAAAACACCGGACGUUGUAUUUGAAGAAUUAUAUUCAAAAAUUGGUCUGAUUUAUCAAUCUUCGUUUUCAUCUUCAGAAGGAAACAAAGAUUUUGCUCUUGAAGACAUUAUUGAAGAAGGUGAUAAACUUCACACCUUGUUGUACAACUACACCACCGAAUUUGCUCAAGAAAGUACCUCUGGUACAUUAUCAUCACUUCUAUCGAGAAUUUCAAUUACAUUGAAUUCUUUCGGUGCUUCGCUGAGUGAAAGCGACUUAGAUUUCUAUAGAGGAAACUCUCAAUCUGAAUCUAAGAAAUCUAUAUCAAUAAUUAAAUUGUUGCAAGUGUCUUCACUCAAAUUACUCUCUCAAUGGCCUGAACAUGCAACAUUGCAAAACAUUUCAAGAAUUUGUGACGAAUACUUAUCAUUCCCAAUUGAUACUCCGAUUGCUCGCUCGCUCCAAAAGAUCGAGCAGGUUUAUACCUACAUUGCUGAGUGGGAAAAAUAUGCUAGUAGUCAGGUAACACUCAAAAAUCAUUUUGACAACUUGACCCAGUUAAUUGUCUCAUGGAGAAAACUUGAACUUUCGACCUGGAAGUCGCUCUUCAUCCACGAAGACACAAUUGUCAAGCAAAGCUUAGGUCGCUGGUGGUUCUAUCUUUUCGAAACCAUCGUAAUUCCUCAAUUAGCUGACGGAAGUGACGAAGACUUAGUUGCUGAGAAUUCAGAGAUAAGACUUAUUUCUGCGUUGAACGUUUUCAUAAGUCAAGCAACGUACGGUGAAUACCAGCAUCGCUUAAAUUUGUUAAUUGCGUUCAGAAAUCAUGUCUCUACUAUCACCGAUGGCUCUGCAAGAGUUCAUGGUGCUCUUUCUAACUUUAUUACGUUUUACGAACAAUUCAUCCCGAUUAUUCAUGAAAAUAUUGCUAAACAAAAGAAGGUUUUGGAAAAGGAUGUCUCUGAAGUUAUUUUAUUAGCAAGCUGGAAGGACGUAAAUAUAGACGCAUUGAAGCAAAGUGCUCGCCGCUCUCAUAACAAUCUUUAUAAAAUUGUUAGAAAAUAUCGUGCUCUAUUAGCUACUCCAGUUAGCUCAAUAAUUGAACAAGGGCUUACUAACGAAUUCAAGUCUAUUCCAAAAAUUAAAGAUAUUGAUGGUUUACCACUUGCUAAAUCUCACAAUGCUAAAACGGAUGAAUUAGUCACUGAAGUUAAGACAUGGGGUGAAAGACCCACGAGACUUCAAAAUAUCCAAACUGUUGCUAAAAACAUGCAAGUGUAUAAUGGUCUCAUUCGCCUGGAUGAGAUUCCUUCCAUCAAUGAUUAUGCCAAAGAUUUAGUAUUGGAUAUGGAGAGACUUAGAAAUGAAACACCGAAGGAAUUGAAAAAGGACAAUAAAAAGUUAAUUGCAACAUUGUUGACGCAGAAGAGAAAAUUGUUAAGUGAUACUCUCAAAGAACUUCGCAGAAUCGGAUUGAAAACAAGUCUUCGUACUGAUAUUCAUGAAAUGCAAGAGACUGUGACUAAGAUGCUUUGUAAUAGCAAAUCAUUUGAACAAUCACAUUUCUUGAAGGGUUCAGAUGUUUUCUACUUCCGCAUACUUGAUAUAAUGCCAAGGCUCAGAGCUUCAGUGAGUGGUGGUUUAGCAGAGGGUGUACCACAAUCAGAUGCUGAUAAAGGGUUAGCUGCUUCAGAGAACUUAGUAUUCUCAUUGGCUACUACUCGCAAGCCUUUAGUCCAAUUUGCUGAUUCGGUCCUCAAUUUAGAAGAGUUAUAUUCUUCUAUGAUUAAGAUUUCUAAUUCCGUUUUGUCAGAUGGAGGUACAUUGGUAAGAGGAAGCAUGAUCAAUUCAAUCUCGUUGAAUAUGAAUAAAAUAAAGCUGUGUAUUCAUUGGUUGAGAACUUUAAUUGAUUUUGCAAUAGAGAACAUAAAGUCAGCAGCUAAGCUCAAUUCUCUUGUCAUUGACGAAGAAGUGUUCUAUUCUGCUAAAAUUAAAAUCAAUGACUUCUCUUCCAAGAUUGCUGACUGCAAUAAUAGUACAUUUGGAGCAACAGAUGAAUCUGAGAUGGCCAUUAUUCAAGAUUUCAGAGAAUUUUUCUAUUUACACUUUCCUUCUGCGUUACAAAAUUGGAAAUCAGCCCCAAAUCACGAAACUUUGUCAUACAUUGCUGACACAAUUUUAGAAUGGACAAAGUCUCAGAAGUAUAGUAUAUAUGCCAGUAGUGAAACUUCAAAUUCCGAUCCAGAUUCCAUAAAAUCUGUGGAAGACGUUGAACUGUCAUUAAGAGAUUUGUCUACCUCAAUAAUAUUGUGUGUUCAAAAGGUUGUCGAACAAAAGGGAGAAACUAUUUCGGAAUCGGAUGACAAUUGGUUAGUAUUAUCGCAACAGAAAAUGAUUGCUUACAUUAAGGCUUUACACCAUCGUAAAAUUACUUCCAAAUUGAAUGAAAUCUUGAAUAUUGUCUCGAGUGUGGAACACAAUGAAAAAUCUUCCAAGAUAUCUGCUGCACUUGUAGCAUUUUCAAUGCCUUUAGUUCUGAAUUACAUUGAACUUACCAAAAUUAUCCUAGGAAAGGCAAGGAAUAAUUAUAUUGAACUUUCCAAGGGUACAUUUGUAUUGAGUUCUUCCCUUUAUGUAUUAGCAACUAAGGGAUUCUGCUCACCCGAACCUCCUUCGGAACAAAAAGAGGACAAUAAUUUGCAUGAAGGUACCGGAUUAGGAGAUGGAGAGGGAGCAACAAAUAAUUCAAAGGAUGUCGAAGAAGAUGAGGAUUUAACAGAAGAUGCUCAACAACCAAAUGAAGAAAACAAGGAGAAGGACGAUGGAGAAGAAGAAGAAAAUGAUGAUGCUGUUGACAUCGAGGGAGAUAUGGCCGGUGAACUUGAAGAUGCGUCUGAUCAAGAUAAGGAUGAAGAUGAGGGUGAAGGAGAUGAAGAAGAAUUAGAUGAAGAAAUCGAUGAUAUCGAUGAUCUUGAUCCAAAUGCAAUUGAUGACAAGAUGUGGGAUGAAGAAGCUCAGGAGAAUAGUAAGGAGAAGGACUCAGAAAAAAUGCCAGACAACUCCAAAAAGGAUGAUGAUAAUAUGGAGGCGAAUGAAGAUGACAAAGAUGAUUCCAAACAGAACCCGCAAGAAAAGCAGCCAGAGGAUAGUCAAAACCAAGAUGAUAAUCCAGAAGAAGAACAGGAUGAUGGCGAAGAUGGGGACGAUGAAAAGGAUGUUGGCGAGCAAGAAGAUGAUGUAAAGAAUGAGGAAAAUGAGCAAUUAGAAAACAAUGUUCCAGAGACUGAAACUUUAGACCUUCCAGAAGAUAUGAAUUUAGAUUCAGGUGAAGAACAAAGUGGAGACGAGAAUGAAGAAGAUGACGAAUUUGACGAUAAAAUGGAUGAUAAAAUGGACAUCGAUGAGAACGGAGCAGAAGGGGAUGAUAAUAAGAAAGAAGAAGAAGAGGAGGAGGAGGAGGUGGACGAAAAUCUUGACCCUGAACUUGAUAAUUCAAAUAUUGCUGAAGAAGAAGGAGAAGAAGAUUUAGAAGAUGAUAAAGAUAAUAAUGAAAAUAAUGAGAAUGAUUUGAAUGAAGAAGAAGGCUUGUCAGAUGAAGAAACUCUUGGUGAUAAACAAGAGGACGUAGAAGAAGAUAAAGAAGAAGGUGGAAAUGACAACGAUGCUGCUGAUGACCAAGAUAGAGCAGAAGGUGUCGAUGGAGCAAAUGAAGAUGCUGCAGAUGAAGAUAUGGAUGCUGAGACUGCAGUUAAACAAGAAUCCGGUCAACAAGGAGAUGGAGCGGACAAUAAAGUUACUGAAGAUAACAAAGAUCUUGGGUCAACAGGUGGUGCAUCUUCAAAUCUUCAACAGGACAUGGAUAAAAAUGAAGACCAAGAUGAAAAUGAAGAAGCCAGAGACAUGGCUCGUGAAUCCAUAAAACAAUUAGGGGAUUCAUUGAAAGAAUUUCACCGUCGUAGACAAGAAAUUCAAGAAAGCUCAACAAGAGAAGAAGAAGACAAAGAUGAUAAAAAGGGUGCCAAUGAGAGACCCGAUGAAUUUGAGCAUAUAGAAGGUGAAAACGCUGAUUUUGACACCCAAGCACUUGGGGCUGCCGAUAAAGAACAAGUUCAAAGUAUUGAUGAAGAAAAAGCAAUAGAUGAUGAUCUUGAAAAUCAAGAGAUCAAAAAAGAAUUGGAAGAUGACACCAUUAAAAAAGAAUUGGAGGAGGAUCUGGCACAAAUGGAAGUCGACAAUGAAGAUGAUGAGAAGCCUGAAAAAGCACAAGAGGAUGGUGACUUUGAUGGACAAGCAAAGGGGUCAACAGGAGAUUUCAAGAAGAAUAAUAAGAAUGAGGGUGAAGAAGACAUUGACCUCCUUAAUCUUGGAGAUGCCAUGGAAAUAGAUGAUUCUGACGAAGAAAGAAUUGGAGAAUUGAACGACCAAUAUUUAGAUCUCGAUACUCCUCCAAUUGACAUUACAGAGGCCAGGGAAUUGUGGAAACACAGCGAAUUGGCUACCCAAGAGCUUGCUUCCGGAUUAUGUGAACAACUUAGACUCAUUUUAGAACCAACUUUGGCUACAAAGCUUCGUGGUGAUUAUAAAACAGGUAAAAGAUUGAACAUGAAGAGAAUUAUCCCGUACAUAGCUUCUGAUUUCCGUAAAGAUAAGAUUUGGUUGAGAAGAACGAAACCUUCUAAACGUCAAUACCAAAUUAUGAUCGCAAUUGAUGAUUCAAAAUCGAUGAGUGAAAGUAAAUCAACAGAAUUGGCGUUCCAUAGUAUUGCGUUGGUUGCUAAAGCUUUAACGCAACUUGAAUCUGGUGGAUUGUCUAUUGUUAGAUUUGGGGAAGAUGUUAAAGUUGUCCAUCCAUUUGAUAGACCAUUUAAUAAUCAAGAAAGUGGUGCAAGAAUUUUCCAAUGGUUUGAUUUCCAACAAACCCAAACAGACAUUACACUGCUUUGCAAAAAGAGUUUAAGAAUAUUCGAAAAUGCAAAGGCAUCAACUUCUUCUGAUUUAUGGCAAUUGCAAAUUAUUCUUUCAGAUGGUGUUUGUGAAGAUCAUGAAACUGUACAAAGGCUCGUAAGAAAGGCCCGUGAACAAAAGAUCAUGCUAGUAUUUGUUGUUAUCGAUGGAAUUAAUUCCAAUGAAUCCAUUUUGGAUAUGAGUCAAGUCACAUAUGAGACAGAUUCAGCCACAGGUGCUUCCAAUUUGAAGGUUACCAAGUAUUUGGAUACAUUCCCAUUUGAAUUUUAUGUAAUUGUUAGAAACAUCAAUGAACUUCCUGAAAUGUUGUCAUUGAUUUUGAGACAGUACUUCUCGGAAAUGGCAUCUACUUAA